AUGUCAACAGAAACUGCUUUAUCAUACGCUGCUUUAAUCUUAGCUGAUUCAGAUAUUGAAAUUACUUCAGAAAAAUUAUUAGCUUUAACUAAACAAGCUAAUGUCGAAGUUGAAUCAAUUUGGGCUGAUUUAUUUUCAAAAGCUUUAGAAGGGAAAGACUUAAAAGAAUUUUUCUUCAACUUUUCAGCUGCUCCUGCUGCUGGUGCUGCUCCUGCUGCUGCUGCUGGUGAUGCUGCUGCCACCGAAGAAGCUAAAGAAGAAGAAAAAGAAGAAGAAAAAGAAGAAUCAGAUGAUGAUAUGGGUUUCGGUUUAUUCGAUUAA